GCUAUGCCCGCUGCACGAAAGAAAUCACGUAUAACCACAUCUACCACUACCAAGAAGGUGACAAAGAAGACCAAGCCAGGUGGUGCCACUCGAUCCAGGACCCAGACAAAGGGGCAAAGGCCGGAUGAUGAUAGCGAUGUGCCUCCAACGGAUGAAGAGUGGGCGAAGUUGAAAAAGAGCUCAAGAUUUUACAACCAAGAGCAGCAUCGGUUUCAACAGGGUGACUUCCUUGCUGUCUGGUGUGGCGCGGAACCAGACGGAGCUGCCGACCAAGAUCGACCACUUUGGCAGCUCUGGAUUGGCAAGAUGACUGAGAUGGCUCAAAGAGCCUCGCCUGACGAUACUUGGAUCAAGAUAGAGUGGUUUUACUCUGGCCAAGAUGUCAAGCAAGAGUGUAAGCCUUUUGACGCCUCGAGUUGCGGCAGGUAUGAACGGAUUCUCUCAAGCCAUUGUGACUAUGUUACAGCUCAUAGUGUUAGUGGUCUUGCUAACAUAAAGCCAUACGAUGAAAGAAGCCUGAACCCACGAACUUUCGACGAUGAGACCUUCUACUACCAUCGAACCUACGAUCAUCUCAAGCGUUGCAUCACACAUAAUAUUGAGGCUACAUGCAUAUGCAGCAUCGUCAUCACUAAACGGACCACGACACGAACUCUGAGCAAGGACAAGGGAAAACAUAAAGCACCGGACACGCCUACACGUCCGACGCUCCAUGAUCUUCCUGCCGCACUUGUCACGUUAGCGAAACAGCAAAUCGUCAAGGGGAAAAAACCGUACGGGCUCGCAGGAAACGUGAAAGAGGUGGUGAAGGCGAGGAGGCUCGUUCAUCAGUAUUUGCAAACAGAAUCGGAAGAAGAGAUGGCGACAAAGUGGGUCAUUGAGGCCAAGUUGGAGGGGGAAAAUUCCGUACGUACAAAGGGAGGGAAGUCGAGGGCCGGGCUACUGGAUCUGAGAGUGAAAUAUUCUUGUCCAAGCUGCCAGGGCGCUAUAUGA